AUGUCUAAACUCGACUCAGAGCUGCCUGUGCUGGCGCAGCCGUCUCUUCGAGCUGUACCUUGCCAAGCCUCUCUGUUCGUACAGGACGCCUGCAGUGGCAGCAGUAUCCUGGCCAACGCUCGCCUGUGGGGAGUCCAGAUCUUGCACGUGGAUGAAAUGUUGUCGUAUGUUCAACAGCUGCUGCACGCCGUCUCAGGAGCAAGGAAACGGUGCCAGAAGACCGAGACAAAAUGCCUUCCAUCCGGAUCAAGGGUUCGCAGAGGCAAACUGAAGCCCCCUUUUCUGAAGGUUGAAGACCAGAGCAGGCAAUUCCGACCCUUCCAUCACCAGUUCAAGAGCUUUCCUGACCUGAACUUCCUGGCACCCAAAAGCUCCAGCCCAUUUGAACCUCCCAAAAGCCCCUCGCGUUCGUGCAGAGCCAGGGGUCUGGAGGACUGUCCCAUGCGCAGCGAGGGCGAGAGGAGCCCCCGAUCCACACCGGUCGCUACGCCGAAGAAAAAGAGGGGGUUUUGCGAGUGCUGCCAGGAGACCUUUGAAGAGCUGCAGCAGCAUCUCCAGAGCCCCCAGCACCAAGGGUUCGCGCUGGACGACUCUCAGUACGCGCCCGUGGACCGCGUCAUCUCGCAGCUCACCCACAGCUUUGUGCAGCAGUCAGCCGA